CUAUGAAUUCUUGACAUUUUUUCUUUGUGCUCUCGUUUCUUUUUUUUGUCUAAAAAAUAUUUUGAUUGAAAGAAAGAGGGGAAGAAAGCAAGAGAGAAAGGGACAUACAUAUACAGCUGAUUACUUAUUGUAUGCAAUUUCUAUAUGGUUUGAAGCCACAAGAAUAAUUUUACAUCAUCAAAAAAAAAAAGUGAAUUAAGAAAGAAGUAGAGAAUAUUACAUUAAAAAAACCGACUUUUAGAAAAAGUAGAAAAAAACCACAAAGGUGAGGUAUGUUCAAACACAUGACGUAUGUAUAAAAAAAUUGAGCGUUUGUGUUUAAGAACAUAGAAGCUCUGUUUUCUUUUUUUGAUUGACGAAUACCAUUUUACAUAUUGGCCCACUUGAAAACAAAGAGACUCAUUGCUUCGACUCUUGUUCAAGUAGAUGGAUUAUUUGGUGAUGUUUGUUGCUCCUUUAUUAUUCCUUUUUUUUUCCUUUUCUUUUAAUAUAUAUAUAUAUAUAUAUAUGCGCCUUCUCAUUUUCCAUUCACUUGACUUAUUUGAAUGUUACCUUGAAAAAGAAAAUUUCAUAUAUUUAUGGUUCUAUAUCGCGUACUCUUCUUAAUCAAUCAACACUUUGGUAUGUCUACUGUUUUGAAUAGUACUAUUGAGAAGUGUUUUUUAAUCAUAUCAAAUAAGAGACAGCAACUAUGUGUGUAUGUUCUGUUUAUUUUAAAUGUAUAUGUAUGAAUGUUGCUUGUAGAUAAUGAUUAGCGUGUUGAUAUGUAAUACUUGUCCCUUGCUUUUUGUUGUCAUAUCCAGAAUAGAAAAAACAUUCUGAUUUAUAUAUGAGAACAAUAUUGUUACCAUCAAUAUUAAACAAUGUAUAAUUAUACAAAUUUUCAUACAAAUUCUAUUUUCUCUGUUGAUGUUAUUCUUUUUCAUUUUUCUCAUUUGACAUUGACAAAUAGUUGUAGAACAAGAAUAUAUGAGAAUUUUCAAUGUUUAGAUAAAAAUCAUUUGUGAGUGACACAUUGUCGAACGACGUUACCAUUAGUACAAGAGUCUGGCUUCAACACUGAAUUGUGUUUCGAUAUCUUUGUUGUGUCGUGUGUUGUAUCUUGUGUUUGUCUUACUUUUGUUGUUGGUAUCGAGGCCUAA